CAACGUAUACAGUUAAUUUUCUAAGAAUGAAAGCGCAUCAGUGCUCUUCCUACAUCUGUUGUUUUUCAAAGCCAAUUGUAUAAUGUUGUUGAUUAUUACUGCCCCUCUAACAUAACAACCCACACAGAUGUGUGUGGCACGGGUGCAACCAAUAUAUUUAGCAAUUACAGACUAUCCAGUAAGUUAACAGACCAUUUGGUGAUCAACUCUGUACUAACUUAUUAAAUAAGAUUAGUAGAAAUCAAGGCUAUGGUCUUUUGAUCGAUUUUUCUAUUGCAGUUUAUCAUGAUGUACAGAAUCCAUGAAUGUGGCGAUUUAUACUCGGGGACAGAAUAUAUCGACUAUCACGAAACUUUUAAAAAGGAUAACCCCAAUGUGUCCAGACUAACUACACAGCAGGGAAAUGAGAGCGCAGAACGGUUAACACAAGGAUUGAAAAAGGGGCGGUCCUAAAAACAGAUUUGCUCAGCUGACUUUGUCGUCAAAUGUCAGGCAGCAAAGGUGCGUACUGACAUUACAGUAUUGAACAUGUCCUUCCCUUUUAUCGUUAUUCUGCAGACCGGCACACGGACAGAUCCGUUUUGCAUUUGAAUGAACAAUAUAACUUGCAAGAAACGGACAAAAGGCCUUAUUAUACUUAAUGACAGUAUAUAAUAUUUUUGAAAAAUCCGUUCAGAGGAAACGUAAAGAAGUUUGCGGACCUAACAACGAGUACAUUUUGCAAUCAAACAAGAAUUACCUGUAACGCCAUGACGACACUCCUAGAGACAAAGGCAACAUUCCGUGCCGCUGAUGCAGUGUGUUUCGAUGUGGAUAGCACGGUCAUCAAAGAGGAAGGGAUUGAUGAACUGGCUAAGUUCUGUGGAGUUGGGGACGCAGUGACAGAGAUGACUCGCAAAGCUAUGGGUGGCACUAUGACUUUUAAAACAGCUUUAACGAAGCGCCUUGCAAUAAUAAGACCGUCUCGAGAACAAGUGAACAAGUUAAUCACGGACCACCCUCCUCAGUUAACAGAAGGCAUACAGGAGCUUGUGGAGCGUCUCCAGCAGCACAAUGUGCAGAUAUUUCUGAUCUCCGGGGGGUUUCGCAGUAUUGUGGAGCAUGUUGCCACACAGCUCAAUAUCCCCCUGAGCCAUGUCUUUGCAAACAGAUUGAAGUUUUACUUCAAUGGAGAGUAUGCUGGGUUUGAUGAGACGCAGCUUACAGCAGAAUCUGGUGGGAAAGGGAAGGUGAUCAGCCUGCUAAAGGAGAAGUAUGGCUUAAAAAAGGUGGUGAUGAUUGGAGACGGUGCUACAGACAUGGAAGCCUGCCCUCCUGCUAAUGCUUUCAUUGGAUUUGGUGGGAAUGUUACGAGGCUGCAAGUAAAAGAAAACUGCAAGUGGUACGUCUCAAGCUUUCACGAGCUCCUACAAGAACUGGAAAAGAUUUAAGCACUGAAGAACAGAGAAACCUUUUUAAAAUGUUGUAGAUCAACCAGAACUAAAAAAAAUAACUUAUUGUUUUAAAUAGCUUUUAGAACCGGCAUCAUUUAACAAUGUACGCAUUUAGAGGUUGAGAAUGACUUUGCAGUUGUAGUGUCCAUUUCAGGGACCGUCCUUUUUGCAAUGGCAUUGAAGAAAAAGGCUGCUUAUUGGACAAAAUGACUUGGUCACUUGCAUAAAUUGCUGUAUUGUCGUGAAGUAUCGUAUUCUCUGUUAGUCUCUGUUUUUGAGUGCUUGUGGAUUUGUGAAAAUCUAAAAGCACUGGCUAUAACAAGCUGCCCCAUACAGAUCUGUCACCAUGAAGGACAGGAGUUGCACAGUUCCUACCCCCCCGAGACCCUUUUCUCCACCACAUGUGGUUUUUGUAUCAUCAACCACAACUAGAGUAAACACCUCCCUAGAAUUGCUUCCGCAUGAGCUGGAAUGACCCAAAAGCCAACUCCUUUGUCCUCAGUAUCAUAUAGAAAAAACUGAAAUAUAAGCCUGUGUUUUUAAAUACAUCCUGGGGAUGUGGAUUUAGAACCCUUGAUCUAAUAUAAGUGUGAUCUUGGGUACCACACUCUUACUGUAUAAACUGACAUUAACGUACUUGUAUGAAAAAAGUUAACGACUGUAAACACUAAAGUAUUUUGGUACAGAAACAAACAGCACUACUGCAAUUAAAGUUACUAUUAAUUGUUUUUACUAAA